GAACAAAUCAUUCCCACUGAAACUUCUAGUUUUUUCGUCUUCUUCCGUUUCAUUGAAAAUGGCUAACACACUGCAUGACCCUAAAAUUGACUGGUAUUGUGAAUGGGCAUCGGGUAAGCUCAUAUUGUGUCGUUCCAAGCACGACCCAACGUCGAAGUACACUGUCUGCUCAUCCCUUCAGACGAGACACAACUCAGACUCUAUGGAUUUGAGAACUCCAUCUAUCCAGCUCCAUGCUAAAUCUCAUUUAAUUUAGAUCUAUUUUCUUGAUUAAUUUAGACACAUGUGCCUAAACACCCCCAUUAAGCUUGCAGUUGAUGAUCAGUUGCAUAUCUAAACCACUUCAUCGUAUCAUAUGUAGGCAUGAUAAUGAAUGAUUAAACUUCUAUUGUAAAAAAAAAAAUAUAUUAAACUUCUGACUAUCCAUGUCAGUUCAGUACAAAAUAAUGAAAGAUCGACCCACAAAAGUAAUAAUAAUGAAGAUUGCUUGCUGGUAGAUAAUUAUAACCCAAUUAUAUAUAAGUGGCAAAAGCAAAUUUCUGGCAGCAGAGUAAAGUCUAAAAGAUGCUACUGCUGAGUGGUAAACCAAAAGCAUUAUUUUUUAAAUAUAGGAUAUUAUUACAACAAUUAAUUAACUAGCAAAAGAAAGGUGCAAAAGGAAGGAAAAGGAAGACAACACAAUACAAAAAUGAAUCAUUACGUUGGACUUUGUUGUUCCAUUAUAUAUACACAACUAUAUAUGUAAGUACACUAAGAUAAUGAUAGCGUUAAAUUACUGCCUUAAUCCAUGUAGUUCUUGUUUGCUUUAAUUAGGUCUUAAAUUUACACCCUAGAGCUCAAUUUUGUAAUUUCUUUUCAUUCAGGCCCCUUUUCGUAGUGUUUGACUGUUUGUGCUAACAUACAUUAUGUUCGAUUGUAUCGUUUGAAUCAUGUACGAGUUACCAAACUAUCGUAUGGUUUGUCAUGAUACUAUAGCAUUUUUUUCUGGUCGUCAUAUAUUUAUCAUGCAUUGAAAAGUUUCUCGAUAUUUCAAGUUGAAUAUGAUGGAAUUCAUGGAAUAUUCAAUCAUGUAAAAGCCAUAUAUUGUUAAUUCAUGUAAUAUCUAACAAUGUCGUACACACUAUAUAAUCUCAUUCACAUUGAUAAUAUUUAUUUUACUUCUGUCAUGGUAUAGCUUAAUUACAUGCACGAGUUUCGUUUCCGAUGCACAACGCCCUAGCAAAUUUUCAUGUUUCACAUCUCGUGCUUUGAUUUCAAAUUUCACAUGAUCUCAUCGAUCGGUUUACUAUAUAUUUGUUCAUCCAAAUACCUAACGAUGUCAUCGUAAAUGACCAGUUAAAUCGAAAUUACUGAGAAUGAGUCUACUCCAUUACUAACAGAUUCGCACACACCGUCUUUAACACAUCGUAGGUACCUAAAGAUUAAGGAACUAAACAACAUAGCACAUUGGUUAAAACAACAUGGUAACCAUAGGGAUUAGAAAUUGAUAAAAAGGUUAUAUGGAGUACUCUACACCCUUAGCUUGUCUCCCCUUUUAAAUACUUAAAUCAGUUUGCACCUUCCACCACCACCACCACAAGCCAUCAUCAUUCCUUCCUAUAUCCCAUGUUCCUUAUUCCCCCACUCCCCAAAACAUAAUUAGCCCCAAACCCUAUUCCCUUAAUCCCUAAUUACACUGAUCAUUACACCACAUGGAGAGGCUCAACAAUCACAAUCACAAUCACAAAAACCCACCGCCGUUGAUGGUCAUCAGCCGGAAGAAGCUCCAGUCCAUCCUCCGGUGCGCCAUGGUGAUGAUCCGAAAGGGCGUCUCCAACUCCAAGACCAAGCUCGCCCUAGACCUCCACCUCAUCAUCCAACGUGGCAAGGACCUGAUGACUCAGCACCAAAUCUCCCCUCCCGGCGGCUGCCGCCCGGACGACCCGGAAGCUUCCUUCCUGUCCCCCAUCAGCUGCGGCGCCGGCCACGUGGACGUCCGCCUAUCCUACGUGUCCCCACGCGACUACCAGUUCAGCUGCUGCAGCAACAGCCCUUCCUCCGCCGCCGCCCGCCGCAGCCGCAGGCGUCCCCCGCCGCGGAAGCCCUACCGCUACAACCAGUACUACAGGCAGCCGCCACAGGCGAGGUAUAACCAUGGUGACGUGGAUGGCCGCGGCGGCUUUGAGGUGGCGGAGUCUUGUGCCGCCACGUCGACGGUGGGAGGGUGUUCUUCUUCUUCCGUGUUCUCGUCGUCGGGGGAAGGGUCGUGGAGCCCGUUGGUGAGGGAGGUGAGGAUCACGGACUCGCCGUUCUCGUCGAUGCGAGGUGGCGGUGCAGGCGCGGGACACGUGGAAGGCCACGUGGACACGGAGGCGGAGAGGUUUAUUCAGAGAUUCUACACGGAUCUGAGGUUGCAGAAGUGGAUGGCUGCGGCUGGUUAUCACGAACAGCGCCACAAACAGAAACAACGAACGUAUUAGCAUGUCCAUAAUGGUAUUUACUGAAUUAACCCCGAGAAGAUGAUCACAACAAGGUAAGCUAGCUACCGAUCCGAUGGCCGAGAACGCGCAGGAGAAGGCGAUCCAACGGGUGUCAUGAAUCGAGCUCUAGUAGUAUAUAUAUAGAUAGAUAUGUGCUUCUUUUCUGUAUUUUUCAUUCUGUUUUUUCUUCCCCCCCUUCUUCCUCGUACUGUACUUAUAUUGUGUAAUUUCUCUUUGCUUUCUUAUUGCUGAUCUUCUCCUCUCCAUGUAUCGGUGUUUCUGGGCUUUUUUUUCUGUAUGGAGCUACACCAGAUCUGGUCUGUUCAUUGUAAAGGCUUUUGUAGCAUACAUGCUAGAUCUGCCUGCCUAAUUUGUUGUCAACAGCUAGCAACAAACCGAGUUCGUCUCAUCACGUGCUUGUUAAAACGAAAAUUUGGAAAUUGUACGACCCAUUGUACUUUGUGAAUCAAUUAAACGCUCAUUGAGUUAUCAUAAUUCGCACUCAUGAUAACAAACUUUCGGUCAAAGGGUCUGAUAUAUUAUAGGUCAAGAACCCUCGUUACUGCGAUAUGUACUGUUAUUGUAAGAACAUGAAGAUUGAAGUUCACAACAUUCCUUUAGUAUCACCCUGAUUGAGAGGAAAAAUAAAACGUAACUCAGAACUCAAUUUCAUCUUAGGUCGAAUUUUCGGUGUCUUAUCACCGAAUUUCAUAUUCCUAUGAGUAAAGAAAACUGUCGCGUAUAAAACUAAUUAAUCGAUCUGAUGUCACUCAACUCACUUAAUUGUAGUCAUGAAUAAGUAUAUGAGUGGACGAGUACUUACGAUUUUCUGAGUAAAAUUGAUAUCCCUAUCCACAAUCCAUAGCUACUCUACCCACAAAACGACCCAAUUUGGAGAAUUGGCUGAUUGAUGUUAGAUAUAGGAAAAAAUAACGAGCAACAGAACCAAGAUAGAUCCGGAACGGUCAAAACAGAACUUGGAUGAUCAUUGGGAAAUUAUGUUCUCUUUUAGGGCAGCCUUUAUUAGCUAGUUAGGCCAAGAAGAAAAUUUAACGUAAUUAAGUUGAAAACUAUCAGUAUAUUAAGACCAUCACUCUGCAAGCUAACUGUAGCUAUAAUCAUUGCUACGACUUUAGGGCAUAUUUGUCAGUAUGAUGUUUGAGGGUAGCAGUUAACUUUGAAGAUUAACGACUAACCCAACGAUAAUGACAUUGAUUGUGUCUCGUAUCCGAAAAUCAGUCUAUUUAAGUAUAUCUGUGCGAAAUAGUAUGCAAGAAUAUAUAUACAGUUGCCUUCUAUGACUUAGGAUUUGCCGAUUUGGGGUAGGCCUAGGGUUAAUUUUCAAACCCAAAAGGAAAAUGGACUAAACAAAUGCAUCAUUUCAAUUGAAUUUGGUUGGCAUUUCAAGGGGAUUGGUCGUAAGAACGUCUUUUAUACCGUCGGAUAUAUUGUAAAAAGUAUGAUCCAAAGGAAUGUGGACUUUCUUAUACCGUGGGAAGCACGGUCUAACUUCUAGUGGUGCAUUUCAUUUGUCUUCAUUUCUUUUACGACGCUUUAUGUGUUAAACCCCAUAAAAAACAUAUGUAUAAAAAUUCUAUCAAUUAUAUACGAUGAAUUUUAUUUCGUAGACUUCAAAAAUGUUUUCAAUAUUUUAUCGUUAUUUUCUGGGUUUUUUUUAAACUACAACGGUCAGUAGUUUAUAAUGACUUGUAACAUACUUGUCAUCUAUCGUAAUUAAUUUAUUAUAUGUAUUGGGUCCUUACUAACAAAAAUUAAAAUAAUUA